CCGCCCGCCCGCUUGUGGCGGCCGGCGGCGGCAUGAAGCUGAGCAAGGCGCAGUACGAUGAGAUAGCGCAGUUCCUGGCGCAGGUGCAGCCCACCAGACAGAGCCUGCGGCAGCUCAAGGACAAGUUCCCCAGUCAAUCGCAGUCCACUCUGCUGAGCAUCUUCUCCCAGGAGUACCAGAAACAAGUGAAAAGAACCCAUGCCAAGCAUCACACGGCUGAGGCUGUUGAAACUUACUACCAGAGGUACCUGAAUGGAGUGAUGAAAAACGCAGCGGCCCCCGUGUUGCUGGAGCUGGCCAAUGAGGUGGACUUUGCCCCAUCAUUGAUGGCUCGCAUUGUGUUAGAAAGAUUUCUACAAGAGCAAGAACACGCCGUGCCCUCCAAGACUCUUAUAAAUAGUAUGUUACGGGAUCCUUCUCAGAUUCCAGAUGGAGUUCUAGCAAACCAAGUCUAUCAGUGUACUGUGAAUGACUGCUGUUAUGGACCACUGGUGGACUGCAUCAAACACGCAAUUGGGCAUGAGCAUGAAGUCCUGCUGCGGGAAAUGCUUUUGGAAAAGAAUCUGUCUUUUAUAGCUGAAGAUCAGCUUCGUGCAAAGGGUUAUGACAAAACACCAGACUUUAUUUUAGAAGUACCAGUAGCUGUUGAAGGACACAUAAUUCAUUGGAUUGAAAGCAAAGCCUCCUUUGGUGAUGAAAGUAGCCACCAAGCCUACCUCCAGGACCAGUUUUGGAGCUACUGGAAUAGAUUUGGCCCGGGACUAGUCAUCUACUGGUACGGGUUUAUUGAGGAGCUGGACUGCCACCGGGAGCGCGGCAUCCUGCUCAAGGACUGCUUCCCGACGGACAUUGUGACUCUGCGACACAGCAUGGCUCAGCACUGAGCAGGGAGGAAGAGGCAUUAUAACAUGCAAAUUUCUAGCAUGCCAAAGUCCAGAAGAACAACGUGCAGGAGCUUUGUGCCUGACUUCAUUCUGAAGAAGAUAAUCAUCUGCGUGUUCAAGAAGGGCAGUAGGAAAGAUAAAACAGUGCUUCAUGCUGGAUUGCUUCUGUGGGAUGGAUAAAGCCUCCACAUAGGCAUUAGUCUUCUGAGCACUCAUAUAUUCAUAUGAGAGUAUUUUAUUUCCCUUGUUUGGACCACCAAGAUUGGAGGUGCACGGAGGGGAGGGUCGGCCGUGCUUGAAAUCUGCAGAGGUUCCAUCUCAGAUUCUCUUUCCGCAUUCCUCGCCGCUCCUACGGGAAGGAUUUGGCUCCUUCUCAGCCGUUCUGCUCUCUCCGCUAGAAGCGAGUCAGUGAAAACAGCUCAUUGGCCCCAAGACUCUUUAAGGUUCUUUUCUUUGCAAAUUGUCGUUCGAGGAAGAACAAAAUAUUCUGGAAAGUCCGCGCGGGUGCUGUGUGUGUGCUCACUGUCUCUAGUUUGUCACAGGAGCUGGACACGGGAGAAACCCUGCCGGGGAAUUAAAGGGGCGAUACCCGGCUCCUUGCAGCACGAGGGCCUCUCCCAUGAGGAAGUGGUCUUUAAAACACGAAGAUCUGCAUUCAUGUGUGUUUUUGUUUGUUUGUUUGCUUUUCAGGAAACUUAGAUCAGGCAGUGUGUCUGUAUGAUUUUAAAAUCACUUACAGACUAUGCACAGUCCUACCUAAAGUUAAAAGAAAGGAUAUUAAUCCCAUUCUGGUUUUUUGUUUGUUUGUUUUUGUGUUCAUCUCUAGUUUUCAGAUAUAGACAGGGGGUUAUCAUUUUGACUAACCUUUUAUUUGUAGAAAAAAAUGUCUUUUUUCUUCAUAGUGCUCUACCCUUGGCUGCAAAGAUAAGCCAGUGUAGCUCUGCUAUGGCAAGGUACUGGUGUGUAGAGAUUAUUUUCCUAGUUGUGAAUAUGUUAUAGUGGAAAUAUUUUUUUUUCUUAAUUCAGAUACCUGUAAUUCAUUUAUGUUCAGCUCUUUAAGCUAUUGUGCUUAGCUUAUUUUACCUUUAUGGAUGUGCAUGUAACGAUAUGCAGAAGCAAUCUGCAGUGUACCUGCCUGGUGCUACACAGAAGCUGYGUUUAGGGUGUUGCUGCCCCUGGGACAUAUUACUCUGAUUUAGGCUAGUGGCAUGUGUAAAACCAAAAAGAGAAUAAAAAAGGCAUAAUAACUGAACAUUAUUACGGUAGAAAACUCAGAAGUAAUGGUUGUCUAAGGGAAAUAGGUUUUAAGAGCAAAACUGAAUUUGUUUUAGCUAGUGCAUAUGCUUUCUCUUGUAUGAAAACAUUUAAAUCAGCUUUUACAUGAUGCACUAAUGCUGCUUUUUCUUUUGGAAUAAAUUAAAUUUAUCUGCACAGAUGUUGAAAAUUCUGCUCAACCUCCAUCAAAGCUUUGCUUUAUUUGUUUUUACAUUAAACAAAUUUAUGUUGGGGACACAUCAGAUAAAUCAGGUUAUACUUGUGUUUGCUUAUGCCUCUACCUGAUGCUGUGACCUAACAGGUUGGAAAGCAAUACUGGGAUCUUUAAUCAAAGCUUUGACCUCACCUUUACAUAUGGCACCUUUUAAGAAUCUUUAUCUUAGAAUGAGGAUAAAAUAAGCCAUAAGGAUGUACAUAUUGUACUAAUUAUAGUUAUGUGAGAUCUGCUAGCCAUCACAAGAAUUGCUAUACUAUGUCACUACUUUAGAUGCUGAAAAGAUAACAUUAAAAAAAUAAAGAUACAUUGUUAUUCC